AUGCUUCUAUUAAGUUUGUUAGUAUUGAGUGUCGUUUCGGACAAGACGUACUGCGAAGUCCCCAAGUUUGAAGCUUUACAACCGAUUGAGGGAUAUACCCCAGUACUCUUACAAAUGGUCUUCCGCCAUGGGGACCGAUCCCCUUGGCUGACAUAUAAGGGUGACCAAGGUGUCUUUGACUGCGACGUCUCGCAACAACUUCGCUUCUUGUCGUCGAGCGGUGUUGAGGCUUUUGAACAUCAUCACAUUAAAACCGUGAUCGAUAAAGAGAAGAUGGUCUUUGCGAAAGAUAAUAUGUAUAGCGGGUCAUGUCAAUUGGGCCAAUUAACACGAAAGGGGCUGAACCAAUUGGCUUACUUGGGGGACCAAGUGAGAAGUAAAUACGUUGGGGAGAAUAACUUCCUUCCUGUUGAUUUGGAUACUAAGGACAUCUACGUGAGAUCAACACAAGUGUGGAGAGUCAUCCAAAGCGCUGAAUCGUUUUUACAACAUUUGUAUCCCGCCGACCAUCGCAAGAAAGACGCGCGGAUUAAAAUCGAUACAUUGCCUUCGGAAAUUGAAUAUGCAGUGAAAAACGAGAAGGGGAGAUGCCCAUAUUCUGAUCAAUUAGACAAGGAUCUGUUUUCUAAGUACUUCAUCGACGAAUUGAGUGACAGAAAUAAUGCAAUAUUGAAACCAAUCUACGAGAAGAUGGCAAGAUUCUUUGGGGAAGUGACAUACAAUUGGUACGAUUCAUACUUCGAUAUCUUACAAGAACUUGAAUGUAAUGAUCAACCGUUCCCGUGUAGAAAUAUGACAAACGAGGAUGGGUCGGUGACAGAAGAAUGUAUUACUAAAGAAGAGUUUGACACUAUGGUGGCGAAUAUCUAUCAUGAUAAUAUAUACAGGUUCUGGGAUAAUGGGACAACAGAACCAUUCCCUGCUAGAUAUGCUUCGGGAUGGUUAUUAAGAGAUAUUUUAAACUAUCAAAUGGACAGAAUUAAUGGAGUCAAUCAUUUGAAAUAUACUCAUUUCCAUGCUCAUGACACUACUAUAUAUCCUUUGGUCAGUUUACUUGAGGGAGACUACUCAAGCUGGCCACCUUAUGCUUCUUAUAUCAUUUUCGAAUUAUACGAAAAGGAGGGAGAGAAUUAUAUUAGAGUUGGGUAUAAUAAUAAGUAUUUGGAUCUCAAUUUUUGCGAAAAGGAUGCAAACGGACUUUGCAAGUUUAAGUCGUUCUACGAUCAUUUGCAAGCUAAAGUACUCCCACUCAACGCCUGCGAUAUUUAA